CACCAACCAACAACAACCCAAACACCUUCUCCUCUCCCUAAGCUUCUUCCCUUAUCACGUCACCGCCACCAAUGGGCUCGCUCUCCGCUCUCGACUGCACCGCCGGCAGCGACCACGGAGGAGGCGUAUUGCCGUAUCCCCCCGCGCGCAGGGACGAGUCCGUCGUCGAUGAUUACCACGGCGUCCAGGUCUCCGAUCCUUACCGAUGGCUGGAGGAUCCUGAUUCGGAGGAGACCAAGGCGUUCGUGGAAAAGCAGGCGGAGCUGGCGAAUUCUGUGCUGGAGACGUGCGAGUUGAGGGAGAAGUUGAAGGGGAAGAUUACGAAGCUGUUCGACCACCCGCGCUACGAUGUGCCGUCGAGGCGUGGGGACAAGUACUUCUAUUUCCACAACACCGGCCUUCAGCCCCAGAGCGUCCUCUAUGUUCAGGACGGUUUACAAGGAGAGGCAGAGGUGUUGCUUGAUCCGAAUGCGCUGAGCGACGACGGCACAGUAUCGCUUGGCCCGUUUUCAGUGAGCGAGGAUGGGAAGUACCUGGCUUACGGGCUUAGCUCGAGUGGGAGCGAUUGGAUAACCAUCAAGGUCAUGCGAGUUGAGGACAAGACAGUUGAGGAAGACACGAUUUCAUGGGCAAAGUUUACAGGCAUCAGUUGGACACACGACAGCAGAGGGUUCUUCUACAGCCGUUACCCUGCUCCCAAAGAUGGAGAGAAGCUAGAUGCUGGAACAGAGACCAACAUCAACCUGUAUCAAGAAUCGUAUUACCAUUUCUUGGGAACGGAUCAAGCAGAGGAUAUUCUGUGCUGGAGGGAUCAAGAAAACCCUAAGCACCGAUUCGACGCAACGGUCGCAGACGAUGGAAAGCAUCUUCUCCUCUACACCCACGAAGGUUGCGAUCCGGUCAACAAAGUGUACUACUGUGAUAUCUCUGCACUCCCAGCUGGUGGUGAACUACACGGUUUCAAGGAAUCAAACAACAGUACGGACCUCCUCCCUUUCAUCAAGCUCGUCGACGACUUCGAUGCGAAGUACGCAGCCGUAGCAAACGACGGGACAUCGUUCACUUUCCUGACGAACAAGGACGCUCCUCGUUACAAGCUGGUCCGGGUCGACUUGACCGACCCGAGUUCAUGGGCAGAUGUCGUCCCGGAGUCCGACAAGGACGUGUUGGAGAUAGCACGUGCCGUUGAUGGCGAGAAAUUGGUACUGAGUUACCUGAGUGACGUCAAGAGUGUGUUGCAGGUCAGGGACCUUAAGACAGGGGAGUUUCUGCAUCAGAUGCCUGUUGAUAUUGGUACGGUGACUCGGGUUUCUGCAAGGAGACAGGACAGUGUGGCGUUUAUAGGAUUCACGAGCUUUCUUUCCCCUGGGAUCAUCUACCAGUGUGAUUUGGGUUCGGGGGUUCUGGAAAUGAAGGUGUUUCGGGAGAUCCACGUCGCUGGAUUCGAUCGCUCAGAGUUCCAAGUGAAGCAAGUUUUCGUUGCAAGCAAGGACGGCACCAAGUUCCCAAUCUUCAUCGGGUCGAAGAAGGGCAUCAAACUGGACGGGUCGAACCCGUGCUUGCUGUACGGCUACGGCGGGUUCACCGUCAGCAUCACGCCGGCUUUCAGCGUGAGCCGGAUAGCUUUGGCCAAGCAUUUAGGCGCCGUGUUCUGCAUCGCCAACAUCCGCGGCGGCGGAGAGUACGGCGAGGAGUGGCACAAGGCAGGGUCGCUGGCCAAGAAGCAGAACGUCUUUGAUGAUUUCAUCUCUGCCGGUGAGUACCUCGUGUCACACGGAUAUACCCAGCCGGGGAAGCUCUGCAUUGAAGGCGGCAGCAACGGCGGCCUCCUCGUCGGAGCCUGCAUAAAUCAGAGGCCGGAUUUGUUCGGCUGCUCUCUGGCGCAUGUUGGUGUCAUGGACAUGCUGCGGUUCCACAGGUUCACGAUAGGUCAUGCUUGGACUACUGACUUUGGCUGUUCAGACAAGGAAGAAGAGUUCCAUUGGCUGAUCAAGUAUUCUCCACUCCACAAUGUGAGGAGACCAUGGGAAGCAUGCCCCGAUGGUCAGUACCCUGCGACCAUGUUGCUGACGGCCGAUCACGAUGAUCGGGUCGUUCCAUUGCACUCUCUCAAGCUGUUGGCGACGUUGCAGUAUGUUCUGUGCACCAGCUUGGAGAACAGUCCACAAACAAACCCCAUCAUCGGCCGGAUCGACAGGAAGUCCGGCCAUGGCGUCGGCCGGCCGACUCAGAAAAUGAUUGAUGAAGCGGCGGAUCGGUAUGGUUUCAUGGCGAAGAUGGUGAAUGCCACGUGGACCGAGUAGGAGGACAAACAAAAGAGCUUCCCCCAAGUAGUUGUUGAUCCCGUUAAUGUCGACCUUGUGGUUUACUGGUUUAUACCAUCGGAACGGUAGCUCUUCUAACUAGCUUUAAGGCCGGCCCAUUGGCCGAAUACGGUAGUAACCACCUAAGAAGCCUAAUUGGCACCUAGCCUUCUAUCAUUUCUAUAAAAAAACAAAUCACACUUUGAUUGGGGUUUGCAUAAACCAUGUAAAUGGCUUAGAUUCAUGGAUUAGUUAAUCUAUGUAUCAAAUAGAUUGGAUCCAAUGAAUUGGUAGAUUUAUGGAUUGGAUAAAAUUGAUUCGUGAAUUGAUCCAAGAAUUCAAAUCACACCCAAGCCUUGAACCAUUUUGUAAAUUUUGAAAAGUUUAGGUACUAAAAUUUCACAAUGAAAAAAAUUAGGUACCAAAAUAUAAUUUUCUAAUAAUAACUUUCGUAUUAAAAAUAGAUGCACUUAUAUGAUAAGUUCAUAUUUGUAGUUGCAAUUAAACAUGAUUGAGUUAGCAAUGCUUAAAUAAAUAAAAAAUGAUAGUAGUAUACAUUAAUAUAUAGAAGUCACAAUCUGGCCGAUCGCAUCUAUUAAGGCAAAUUAGUAAUUACACUUUCAAAGUUCAACAUGCAAUAUUAAUGGUAAAAUGACAUAAUAAUAGUAUUCUCUAAACCCCACGGUAUUCUGGGAUGCACUUUCAAAGUUCAACAUGCAACGUUAAUGGUAAAAUGACAUAGUAUUCUGUCAAUCCAAAAGUACUCUGGGAUGCAGAACAUGAACUAACAAUAUCAAUCUCAACCACCAUAGCUUAAAAUGGGUGGGAGGUUAAUCUUAAUAGUUGAAACAUGGGAGCAAAAUUGCAUUAUACACAACUGCAAAUCUGCUAUAGUCAAAGAACUACACCGUUAUCUUAUCUUAAACCCCAACCCCCAAUGCCAUACACAACCUGUUAAAUUCUGUUUCAGUAAUUCUCUUUGGCAUGAGCAUAAGUGAGCAAAAAACCAAUUGUUGUAGUUUUGAAACAACUGUUUCCCUAUUCGACAUAAAAUACCAACACAAUUCUAUCUAACACACUCAGACAAACAUGAUAUAGAUUAUAAAGCAAAGAACCAAAUCCUAGAAUAUUGAUGAUAUAUGCUCAUAAUGGCAGAAUAAUACAACCAUCAUUCAUCCCAAAAGCAUGUGAUUAUAGGGAUGCAUCACAGACUGCUAAAUCAUUAGCUCUAAGAACUCUUAGUUACUCAUGACAAAUUGAAAAGUGAAAGGAAUCUCACAGAGAGCCAAUCAAAACUGGAAGCAGAAACCAGUGCCUUGGUAGCUUAGUUUGAUACUCGAUCAUGUUAAUUGUUUAAAUUGUGAUGAGAUAAUACAACCAAGUUUGACAUAUAACAAAACACCAAUCCAAAGGCCAAUAGAGCAGCAAAAGGAUAACUUAGCCAUUAAAAACUUGAUAAAUGUGUAUCAACCAUCACAAAUGCAUGUAGACCAAUCAUUGUCAUCGCAAGCUGCAGCCAAGGGAAAAUCGAUCUGAACCUAAAAAGUAUACCCAACAGCUAUGGAGUUGUCAAACGAAGUGUAAUCUGAACACCUGAGCAGGCAAAUUCUGUAGCAAUUUCGAACUGGAACUGACAACAGAAAUUGAGAAUUGUGAAUAAAUAAAGAUGACGGUAAGAGAAUAAGAGAAGUAAACACAAAAUUAGAGA